UAUUUAUAAUAGAUCAAUAUUCAUUUGGUACAAUUGAUUAUUGCCUAACAUUGCUACUUUUGGGGCAAGUGUUUAUUUUUCUCCUGAUAUUGUGUGGUGCGUGUGUGCGUGCUUGUGAUGAAAUGUUGGUUCUAUGCAGAGUACUCAUUUGACAAAUAAGACAAGAAGAAAUGAGUCAACUCCUGAAUCUAUUCCAAGGAACUCUCUUCAGUAAUAAUUCAAGUUUCUAUAGUUGUCCUUCCAGUUCACUUAUGUUUCUUCAACAUAAACCAUGUUUAUAUAAUGGAAAAUAUGCAACUUUUCGGAGAUAUCGAAGAAAUCAUUUUUCGUUGCAAGCGCGUUGGGAGAUGCUAGAUCAUGCUGAAACAUUUGCACUUCCAUAUAAGGAAAAAGCUUGUGAUGACGCAGAAUUGGAUGCCUUUCCAGAUGUACAAACUCUUAGAAAUUUUCCUAAGGAAGAGCUUCUUGGAAAAGUUGUAUUGGUCAGAUUUGAUUCUACAAUCCUACUUCGUGAAGAGCUGGACCAGCAGUCUCCAUCUGUCAGCAGUGCACUUUUCACUAUUAAAUACUUAUAUGAUGCUGGGGCUAAAGUAAUUUUAGUUAGUAAUUGGAGUGUGAAAAACAACACAAAGCUUCUUUUGCUCCUCCUAUUAACUUCCGAUCUUUAA